CUGAGUUUGGUAUUGCGGGGCGUCACGAUCGCCUCCAGCGUGGUGUACAGGAGCAGGAGCUGACGGACGUGUGGUGUUCCCAAGGACUUUUCGGAGUCCUGCGGCGUGUUCCAAGCCAAGCGGCGAACACUCGUAGCACACUUCGAAUGAAAAGUUGCAGACUGAUUCAGCAAAGACUGUGAAGUUGAAAUGGCUUCAUCAACACGUCGUCCAGAGCAUGCAGCUCCUCCUGAGAUUUUUUAUGAUGAAAAGGAGGCCCGAAAAUAUUCGUCGAACUCCCGGAUGAUAGAGGUGCAGGAGCGCAUGACGGAGCGAGCGCUGGAACUGCUGGCGCUACCGGAGGGCAUACCGCAUCUAGUGCUCGACCUCGGCUGCGGCUCAGGACUCAGCGGCGAAACGAUCACCGAGGCCGGCCACGUCUGGGUCGGCUGCGACAUCUCGCAAGCCAUGCUGAACGUCUCCAUAGAGCGCGAAGUGGAGGGCGACGUGCUGCUCAGCGACCUAGGCCAGGGCCUGCCCUUCCGAGCGGGCUCUUUCGAUGGGGCGCUGAGCAUAUCAGCCCUGCAGUGGCUCUGCAACGCCGACAAGAAAGAGCACGUGCCGCGGAAGCGGCUGUACAAAUUCUUCUCGUCUCUGUACGGCUGCCUGGGUCGGGGCGGCCGUGCCGUGUUCCAGUUCUACCCGGAGAGCUCGGCCCAGGUGGAGAUGAUCACGGCGCAGGCCAUGAAGGCCGGCUUCACCGGCGGCCUGGUGGUCGACUACCCCAACAGCACCAAGGCCAAGAAGAUGUUCCUGGUGCUGAUGAGCGGCGGGCCGCAGCCGCUCCCGGAGGCCCUGGGCGACGGCGGCCAGGCCAGCGCGGUCGCUUACGCCAAGCGUGACCGGAUGCGCCAGCUGCGCGGCAAGCCGCCGAAGAGCUCGCGCGACUGGGUGCGCGAGAAGAAGGAGCGCCGCCGCCGCCAGGGCAAGGAGGUGGCGAGGGACUCUAAGUACACGGGCCGGCGGCGGGCGGCCGGAUUCUGAACUGGCACGCACCGGCCGGCGGCUGUGAUGGGGACAGGGCAAGGGGUCGUACGCGCCUACUGGA